AUCUCCGGCCCCGCCCGCCUCGGACUCGCCCCGCAGCCCACGCUUCGCCGAGUCCGCCGAAGUGCCGGGAAGCCGGGCCUGCCCUCGGGCCGCUGCAGCCGGCAGCCCCCGCCCUCCGACGUCACGGCCGCCCGGGCAGUGCCCGCUAGGGGCCCCGGCUCCUCGGAGAGGAAGCGCCCGAUCCUCGCCGCGCCGCCUGCUACCCGCCAGCCGGCCGCCCCCGGAGGAACCCGCCGCAUCUCCGCCCCGGAGGACCCGCGCCCCGCCGCACCAUGCGCGCGCGCCUGCCGCUCGUGCUGCGCCAGCUCGGCCGCCCGCUGCGCCCUCCGGGCCCGCCGCGCUGCCUCCGCGUGCCGUGUCGCGCCGGCAGCGGCGGUGGAGGUGGCGGCCGGGACGGCCUGCUCGGGCAUCGGCGGCUGCAGGAUGGCCAGGCCUGGAGCAGCUGCGGUCCCGGCAGCCCGGAGCCCCCCGCGCGGGACUCGAUCGUCCGAGAAGUCAUACAGAACUCCAAAGAAGUUCUGAGUUUGCUGCAAGAGAAGAACCCUGCCUUUAAGCCUGUUCUUGCUGUUAUUCAGGCAGGGGACGACAACUUGCUGCAGGAGGUAAACCAGAAUUUGGCUGAGGAGGCUGGCCUGAACAUCACUCACAUUUGCCUUCCUCCGGAUAGCAGUGAAGAUGAGAUCAUAGAUGAAAUCUUGAAGAUGAAUGAAGAUGCCAGAGUCCACGGGCUUUCUCUUCAGGUCCCUGAGAACUCACUCAGUAGCAAAGUCCUCAACGCCUUGAAGCCCGAAAAAGAUGUGGAUGGAGUAACAGACGUAAACCUGGGGAAGCUGGUUCGCGGAGAUGCCCAUGAAUGUUUUGUCUCACCUGUCGCGAGAGCUGUAAUUGAACUUCUUGAAAAAUCAGGUGUCAACUUAGACGGGAAGAAGGUCUUGGUUCUGGGGGCCCACGGACCCCUGGAAGCCGCCCUGCAGUGCCUGUUCCAGAGGAAAGACUCCAUGACCAUGAGCUCCCAGUGGAAGACGCCGCAGCUGGAAAGCAAGCUUCAAGAAGCCGACAUUGUGAUCUUGGGCUCACCUAAGCCAGAAAAAAUUCCCGUGGCGUGGAUACGGCCAGGAACUACGGUUCUCAACUGCUUCCACAGCUUCAUGUCAGAGAAGCUUGGCUGUGGUUCUCACGGGGUGCAUUGUGGGGGCUCCAUUGCCGAAGAUGAUGUGAGUCUUCUUGCUGCAGCUCUGAGGAUUCAGAACAUGGUCAGCAGUGGCAGGAGAUGGCUUCGCGAGCAGCAGCACAGGAGGUGGAGACUUCACUGCUUGAAACUGCAGCCUCUCUCCCCCGUGCCCAGCGAUAUCGAGAUUUCAAGAGGACAGACUCCAAAAGCUGUGGAUGUGCUUGCCAAGGAGAUAGGAUUGCUCGCAGAGGAAAUUGAAAUCUAUGGCAAAAGCAAAGCCAAAGUGCGCUUGUCCCUGCUGGAAAGGUUAAAGGACCAAGCAGAUGGAAAAUACGUCUUAGUGGCUGGGAUCACACCGACCCCUCUCGGAGAAGGGAAGAGCACAGUGACGAUCGGACUGGUGCAGGCGCUGACCGCGCACCUGAACGUCAACUCCUUCGCCUGUCUGCGGCAGCCCUCCCAGGGGCCGACUUUCGGAGUAAAAGGAGGAGCUGCUGGUGGUGGAUACGCCCAGGUCAUCCCCAUGGAGGAGUUCAACCUCCACUUGACGGGGGACAUCCAUGCCAUUACUGCUGCCAAUAACUUGCUGGCCGCUGCCAUCGACACGAGGAUUUUGCAUGAAAAUACUCAAACAGAUAAGGCUCUGUAUAAUCGGCUGGUUCCUUCAGUGAAUGGUGUGCGGGAAUUUUCAGAAAUUCAACUUGCUCGGCUGAAGAAACUGGGAAUCAAUAAGACUGAUCCGAGUGCACUGACGGAGGAGGAAAUGGGGAAAUUUGCCCGCCUCAACAUCGACCCCUCCACCAUCACCUGGCAGAGAGUAUUGGACACCAAUGACCGAUUUCUGCGGAAAAUAACCAUUGGGCAGGCAAGCACGGAGAAGGGAUAUUCCCGGCAGGCGCAGUUUGACAUUGCUGUGGCCAGUGAGAUCAUGGCGGUGCUGGCCCUGACCGACAGCCUCGCGGACAUGAAGGAGCGGCUGGGGAGAAUGGUGGUGGCCAGCGACAAAGAUGGGCAGCCUGUGACGGCGGAAGACUUGGGGGUGACAGGUGCUUUAACGGUUUUGAUGAAAGAUGCAAUAAAACCAAAUCUGAUGCAGACCCUAGAAGGGACACCUGUAUUUGUGCAUGCCGGCCCCUUUGCCAACAUCGCUCAUGGCAACUCUUCGGUGUUGGCUGAUAAAAUUGCCCUGAAACUGGUUGGGGAAGAAGGAUUUGUCGUGACCGAAGCCGGGUUUGGAGCUGACAUCGGGAUGGAGAAAUUCUUCAACAUCAAAUGCCGAGCGUCUGGCUUGGUGCCCAACGCGGUUGUGCUGGUGGCCACCGUGCGAGCGCUGAAGAUGCAUGGGGGUGGCCCGAGCGUAAUUCCUGGCGUCCCUCUUAAGAAAGAAUACACGGAGGAGAACAUCCAGCUGGUGGCCGACGGCUGCUGUAACCUCCAGAAGCAAAUUCAGAUUGCUCAGCUCUUUGAGGUGCCCGUGGUGGUGGCGCUGAACGUCUUCAAGACCGACACCCGCGCGGAGAUCGACUUGGUGUGUGAGCUGGCCAAGCGGGCUGGCGCCUUUGAUGCGGUCCCCUGCUAUCACUGGUCGGUUGGUGGAAAAGGGUCCGUGGACUUGGCUCGGGCUGUGCGCGAAGCUGCAAAUACAAACAGCCAUUUCCAGUUCCUGUACGAUGUUCAGCUUCCAAUUGUGGAAAAGAUAAGAAAGAUUGCCCAGGCUGUCUACGGAGCCAAAGAUAUCGAACUCUUUCCCGAGGCACAGUCCAAAAUAGAUCGUUAUACUCAACAGGGUUUUGGAAAUUUGCCCAUCUGCAUGGCAAAGACCCACCUUUCUCUGUCUCAUCAGCCUGACAAAAAGGGUGUGCCAAGAGAUUUCGUCCUGCCCAUCAGUGACGUCCGGGCCAGCAUAGGCGCCGGGUUCAUCUACCCUCUGGUCGGCACGAUGAGCACCAUGCCAGGACUGCCCACUCGGCCCUGCUUUUAUGAUAUAGACCUUGAUACGGAAACAGAGCAAGUUCAAGGCUUGUUCUAAGUGGACAAGACUCCCACACGUCCCAGAGCAGGGCUCCUGCAGCACAGACGCCGCCUGCCUCUUGGCUACAGCUGGAGAAGAAGGCGGCUGUGAAAUACACGUGUGACGCAGCGCGGGGGCAGCAGUGGAGCGGACCCAGGAUGCCGGAUCCCUCUGCAGCGCAGGCCGCGGCCGCCCGCACGUGCAUCUGAAGAGCCGAGCUUUCCUGCUGCUGCCAGCUGUGCGUUGUUUCCCGCUGCUUGCACUCGAGGGUGUUUAUUUUCUGGGGACUGGGGGAUUCAGAGUGGGACCCGAAAGGUAACAUUUUGCACUGUGGAGUUUUCUACUUUCUCUUUGAACUGAAAAUAAACGUGUAUCCAGCAAA